CAGCGUAAUGUCAAUGUCGCUUGACAUUAUUUACAUUAUGCGUGCAUUAAACGAUAAGGUUUAAAAUGUGUGUGUAGUGUAUCCGUAACAUGUAGUGUACGUACGUGACCGUUCGUAAUCAUCACAAGCAAUAAUGGCCAUUAAAAUGCUCAACUCCUUAAUUAUGCAAUAAAAAUUUGCUCAUCGCGACAAUAUGCGGCCACAGAUAAUCAAUUUCUCUCUAACAGGAAUAGUGGUGUGUUUAUUUGUUUUGGUCGGGUAUGCGGCCGUCGAUCUCGUGCCAUGCGACAAAACCCGUCGCGUUUUCACCAACUCGUGGGGCGUCAUCACCGACGGCCCCGUCGGCUCCAACUACACCCAAGACAGCCACUGCGAGUGGCUGAUCAAAGCCAACGACAGCCGGAAAUUCAUCACCCUCAGCUUCCGCAGCAUGGGCACGGAGUGUUCGUACGACUACGUGUUCGUCUACGACGGCGACUCCUUCAGGUCGCCCCUUCUCGGCAGCUUCAGCGGCAAAACGGAGCCGCAGAAAGUGGUCGCGUCGUCCGGCUACAUGCUCGUGCUCCUUUACAGCGACACGAAUUACGUGCUGGACGGCUUUCGCGCCGAAUUCUCCAUCACGGAGUGCCCCAACAACUGCUCCAACCACGGUUUGUGCUACGAACACAUCUGCGUGUGCGAGAGCGAGUGGGGCGGCUACGACUGCUCCAAGAAGCUGUGCCCCAGAAACUGCGGCAGUCGGGGCCACCCCCGGAACGGCCACUGCGAGGAGGGGCUGUGCGUGUGUAAGCCGGGCUAUUCGGGCCAGAGCUGCAGUCUCUACGAUAGGGACAACGAGGGGAACAAGUGGCAUUGGUUGUCGCAUUCGGAAGGGGGGCUGCAGCCGAGGGCGGCGCACACGGCCGUGUAUAUAGAAGCCACGGACUCUCUCUACGUUUUCGGGGGGUACAAUCUCAAUCAUAUACUCAGCGCGCUGGAGAUUUAUAGCUUUAGGAAUAGCACCUGGCGGGACGAAAACGGCCAGAUUUUGCCGGAUAAGGGGUUGCUUAGUGCGGUGAAUCCUAGUGCUGUGGCGAGAUUAAUACAGCACGCAGGACCGGACUGGGAGCAGAAGUGGGGCUUGAAUUCGCCCAAGUCGUUCUUCAGGAAUUCUCUUUAUGCUGUUGUUAAUGACAGCGCGACGAUUUUCACGAGGAGAAGACAGAGACACUCGCGGAUACCUGAUGGGCACAAACCCAAGGCGAGGUAUGGACACGCCGCUUGUGGCCUGAGUGACGGGUUUGUGGUUUUUGGCGGGAAAUUAGAAAACGGGAGUCUAUCGAACGACUUGUGGUUCUACGACGUUCACACGAGGAGGUGGCACCAGAGGGCUUUAUUAUCAGAGGUGCAACCGCCUCGUUUGACAAGACACACAUUGACGGCAGCAGGAGACGAUAUAUACUUAUUCGGGGGAAGUACCGAAGACGGAGAAUUCUCCUCUAGACUAUUUAAGAUAAGACUAUCUCCCGACGGUAGCGAAAUUUGGAAAGAAAUCAAAUCCAGAGGAGGCAAAGAACUAGACGUUAGAGUAGUCGCUCACACUACUGUAUAUCACCCCCCUACUAACUCUCUUCUGGUUUACGGCGGCAUAGUCGCAGGAGUCGCUCGUUUCUCUAAACUAUCGGACCGAAUGUUCGCCUUUCAACUCGACAAUCGCCACUGGACCGAAAUCCACUAUACCCGGGAACACCUCCGGGAAAAAUUUGUCCCGCGGGAACGAGCCUUCCACACGGCUAACAUCUUUGGGAACUACCUCAUCGUCUUCGGCGGCUACUCUCACCGUCACAACAAAGAAGAAAUCUGCUACGACAACCAAAUGUACCUUUACCAUUUGGGUUGCCACACUUGGGUGAACCCAGAGAUCUUGGGAAAGACCAACGGCUCUGGUUACCCUAAGCACCAAGGCGUGUUCGCUCACGCCGCCAGCGUCCGCCAUGGCAACACUCUCCUCCUAGUAGGGGGUUACCACGGCAACGUAAACGGCGAUCUCCUCGCCUAUACAGUCCCUCCUAUGAUAGCCGCUCGAAAAGGCGAGGUCUACGACCCGGAAUCCGUCUGCACCCGCCAUAAAAACUACGGCGAAUGUUCGGCCGACCCUGAAUGUGGCUGGUGUUCGGCGGACGAAUCCUGCUACGGUCGUACCAUCGGGGCGAAUUGCACCACCAACCUGCAAACCACCCGGUGCCCGGGGGUGUGCCCCGCGUUGGGCGACUGUCACUCUUGCCUCAUCCACGGCCACGUCCGCCCAGAGGUGCAGCCGCUGGUCUCCGCGUCCCAUAAACUGGGCCUGGGCGAGUGCACGUGGUGUGUGCAGAACGCGCGCUGCCACCAUAAGGACGACAAUUACGGGGUUUGCGGGCUGAGGGAGGACAGCCCCAGUCAGAUCCCCGGCUGGUGGGGUCCCAAGGGAACGGAAGUCAUCGAGCCGAAGCAAUGCAGGGAACUGGACAUGAGGCCGGGAUUGACCUUUGUGAAGUACUACCACCCAGUGAAUUUUACGCAGCCGGAUCACGUUGCUAUAAUUAAUGCUACCACGGUGGAUUUCAACAGUCCCACUAGCCCCAUGCUGAGGGUUGACGCAACUGCAGGGGGCGAAAUGGUGGCCAGGCUAUUAGGGUUCUUGUGUUUGCCCUCCGACUGGCAGGAAAUGCUCAAUAUCUGCAUUAGCCACUGCAGCGCCAGUCUGAAAAUUUCCGAUAAUCUAGUAGCCAACGUUUCGGCCGAAACCAAGGAAUGCACGUCAAGAAAGUGGCCGAUUAACGAAACGUCGAAUAACGUUUCUGUGGAUUUUGAGUCUCAUAAGGUUGUCAAUUUGGGGGCGUAUAAUAGUCAUCAUCAGAGCAAAAUGGAAUUGCAACACCAUAAAGAUUCUGACGACACGCCAAAGGUGUUCACUUUCGAAUACCUCAAACCCUACGCCAACGGCACCUGCACCCAAUACAAGAACUGCCUCCACUGCCUCACCGACUCCCAGUGCGGCUGGUGCGAGGCCAACAACGAAUGUGUCUCUCGCCUGGAAGACGAAAGCAUCACUUGUACCGCAGAAGACGGCUACUGGCGCUACUUGACCCUCCAACCAAGCGCCUGUUCCAACUGCUCUAACUACAUUUCCUGCGAAAGCUGCGUGACUUCUGGCUUGUGCCACUGGUCUAUAGAGGACGCCAAAUGCUCGCGAGUGGUGCAGAAAGCCGAGGCGGCAACCACGGUGGAUCAGUGCCCCACGCCGUGCUACAGACGACCCGAUUGCGCGUCGUGUUUGGACCAAAAAGGAAGAUGCGUGUGGUGCGAGGCGACCCAGCAGUGCUUCAGUUUUUCGGUAUACACAAGCGAGUACCAGUUUGGCCUGUGUAGAGAGUGGCUCGAUCAAGCGUUUCCGCUGGUCACGGCGCAGGAGAAUAGUAUAUUACCGGCGCCCCGAGCUGAAGAACAGUGCAAGUCGUGUUCGUUGCAUACUAAUUGUUCGCACUGCUUGAGUUCAUUGAGUUGUGGGUGGUGUUACAAUGUCUCCAAUCCUAUGACGGGAAUGUGCGUCCAAGGCGACUUCAACAACCCACACGUCAACUGCUCGGAAGCUCUGGGCUUACUCGACGCAGAAUGGGCCUACGCCCAAUGCCCUGACGUAGACGAGUGCGGGCUAGGCAUCCACGACUGCCACCCCCAAGCCGACUGCACCAACACAGACGGCUCCUUCAGCUGCCACUGCAAAAAAGGCUACAUCGGAAAUGGACGCACCUCCUGCGUCCGUACUUGCUACAACGUGUGCGUCCACGGAAAAUGCCAAGGCGAGCCAGACUACGCCUGCAAGUGCAACUUGGGGUGGUACGGGGAUGACUGCUCCAAAAAUUGCGGGUGCAACAACCACUCAGCGUGUCCGGAGGGUGAAGGCAUCUGCGAGGAGUGUAUGGAAUGGACGACCGGGGAGUUCUGCGAAGAGUGCAAACCCGGGAGCUAUGGAAAUGCGACAACGGAAGAAGGGUGCCACCAGUGCGAGUGCAACGGCCAUGGUAUCAAAGAGUUGGGCGAAUGCGAUAACGUUACUGGUACUUGUUAUUGCCAAGAUAAUACAGAAGGUGAACACUGUGAAAGGUGUAAGCUCAACUAUUAUGGGGAUCCGAGGAAUGGGAAACAGUGUUAUUAUCAGUGUGAAGCCAGAGGUGUUCUGGAUGAAUCUCAUGGGCAAGGGAUCAGUUCGAUGCAAGCGUACGCGGCUCCGUGGGGAGGUUCGCCCACAAGGGAAUGUUUAUGGAUUAUAAAACCCUUGGUGGAUUAUGGAUCUCCAAUUAUUCAACUACAGAUCAAUUCUAGUCAGUUAAACGUAACCUGCGGCGAAAACGCCGUAUACGUAUACGACGGCCUUCCCGAGCUAGUCGACAUGGGUAGCCAGAGUGCCCUUUCUGCCGUCUUUUGUUCAGAAGAAGCCCUUCCAGUGUCGCUGGUAGAAUCACGAACCGGACAACUAACAGUCCACUACAAGCAAGGUUUGCUGGGUGAAGGUUUCAGUGCAAUGUACAAAGUGUUAAACUGUGAUGAGACUUGCGAAUCUCCCCGCGAGUGUGUACGCGGACAGUGUGUUUGUGAAGACGGACUAGUGGGCUUCAACUGCGAAGAAGUGAUUUGCCCCAGGAACUGCAGUUUCGCUCGCCAACAGGGCGUAUGUGAUAAAGCUUACGGAAGAUGCGUCUGUGCGUCAGGCUGGGUUGGACCCUCGUGCGAUAUAAGGGCCAAAAAAACUCGAAUCCUCUUCACGGAGCUCUUUAACACGAUCCGCCUAGCCGACAACCUAGAACACCUAAGAAAAACCCUGCCUCGUUUUGGCCACUCUCUCGCCUCCGACCGCCGCAAUUCCCUAUGGAUGUUCGGUGGCUAUUCUCUUUCGCACGGUCCACUGAACGACAUUCGUUUGUUCGACACCCGCAACAGCACAUGGAUGCAAGUUACGGUCGAUUCCACAACACCAGAUGCAAAAAUGCCCCAAGGCCGAUAUUUCCAUGGAGCUGACAUCAUACAUUCCAAACAAGCUAUAUACGUGUAUGGAGGUCUCACAAAACCAACGAAAUCAUCGAACAAUAGAACAUUGGACGACUUCUGGCAGUUCGACAUACAAAACCAGCGCUGGAGCGAGGUGGAAAAGGACGGCGAGUGGCCGCCGUCUCUCUCGAGUCAUACUUUAACGUCGUACCGAGGAUCGACGCUUGAAAGUUUGAUCUUGAUUGGAGGGAUAUCGCCAGGAAGUGAUUUUCAUAAGCUGGUUUGGGAGUUUAGGGUGGAUACGGAGCAGUGGCAAGCGUGGAGUACGAGGGGGCAAGGACCGAACGGGAUUUUUGGACAUAGUACAGUAUUUCAUGCGCCUACUAAGAGUCUGUAUGUUUUUGGAGGGUACAUUUACGAGCAGCAGCAAGCCCGACUUUCGAAUAAGUUGUUCAGUUUGAAUUAUACCACGAAAGUGUGGACGGAACUUAAUGAGUUAGGGACGUCUUUGUAUCUGCCUCGCCCACGUUUUUUCCACUCUGCUGUAACAACUGACGACUUCAUGUUUGUAAUGGGAGGACGUAUAUUUCCAUGGAAUAUAAGUGACACAUUGUACGCUUACUCAUAUAACUGUAACCGGUGGAUUAACCUAAUGUCUGAAGUAGCACUGGAAAAAGUUGGACCCUUACCGACACAAACUUAUGCGCAAGCCAUGACGAUAGAGCCUGACGGCGACGCUGCCUACAUCGUAGGUGGCUGGGGAACUGAUUCUCAAUGUUCGGUACUCCGUCUGGAACUACCCGAAGACUUAUGUUCGUUGUGGCCAAGUCGCGAUAGUUGCAUUAGGAUGGCUGGAUGUGGCUAUUGCGCAUACAAAGUUGGCAGCGACAUAUUAUCAGAAGUGUGCCAUACGAACACUUAUGAGUGUCCCUUACAAGAAUCUCCAGUUAACGCUUCAAAAAUAUCUAACUCGGGCACCAGCUGCACCGACCCUGUAGUCAACCGAAAUUGCUCAUCUGUAACCGACUGCGCUUCAUGCGUGCAACUCGGGUGUUAUUUUUGCAAUAAUGUGUGUACCCCAAACGCAACCUGCUCAAUAUCGCUACUAAGUGAUUGCUCUCCGAAUAAUUGUUCUAAAAAAGAGCCCGAUCAGUGCCGUCAGACACCUGGUUGCGAUUGGAAUUGUUCCAAAAGGGACUGCGUACCACUGCUCAAAGGUCAAGAAGCCAGUCCUAAAGUUUGUCCAGCACCGUGCAUGCAUUAUAAUACUUGCGGAUCUUGCUUAGAAACGGCCCACUGUAGAUGGUCAACGCAACUAGAUGAGUGUAUAUCUGCCGCUUAUCAGCCCGCUUAUUGUGCUGGAGGAGUGUGUGGUUUGGUGUUGCAAGCAGAUGAUAAACAGUACUGUCCUGCACCCUGCAGCUCGUUUACGCAGUGUUCGGAUUGUCUGGUGCAUGCACAUUGUGGGUGGUGUGCCGGCCCUGGGAACGGCGAAGGUAUCUGUACGGAAGGGUCAAAUGAUAGGCCGAUGCAUGGAACUUGUAACGAUGUUUAUUUGAAAGUGAACCCUAACAUAUCGGAAUACGACCUGAACGAAACAUACACGUGGAACUGGAAACGGUGUCCCCCUGAAGACGAAUGCACCAACGGGCACCACAACUGCGCCGCAGAGUCCCAACGCUGCGUGGACCGCGCCGACGGCUUCGAGUGCGAGUGUGGUCCAGGUUACAAACCCACGAAUUCGACGAAGGUCUCUGCAGCGUCCACAGUUUGUGAGCCCGUGUGUCCCUUGGGCUGCGUUCGUGGUCAAUGUGUACAACCUAACAAAUGUCAGUGCGAUUUUGGCUAUGUUGGCGCUAACUGCAGCAUCCAGUGUCAGUGCAAUGGCCACGCUAACUGUGAAGGUCCCGAUAAAUUGGAUAAGUGCUUAACUUGCCAUAAUAACACAAUGGGAACGCAAUGCGAGAAAUGCAAACCGUUGUUCGUUGGAGAUCCCUCCAAUGGGGGGCAGUGUGUGCCAUGUUUGGAGUAUUGCCAUGGUCACACUUCGAUUUGUGUGGAUAAUAGUACUGAUUUUGAUUUCGAGGAGUUUAUGGACUUUGAGUCCGAACGGUUUGUGAAGAGUUUGAAGGAAGGUCCGAAGACGCAUGCGCGGUGUCUGAAGUGUACUAAUCAGACGGCCGGCAACAGGUGUGAAGACUGUAUAGUAGGUAAUUUCAGAGGUACAGAAGACCAUCACGAUCCUUGCAGACCGUGCGAUUGUCACGGUCAUGGUGACACUUGUGAUCCAGUUACUGGUGAUAAGUGUAACUGUAAAAACAAUACAGAAAGCGACGCUUGUGGCGGCUCUGGAAAAAAUUCAGCUCAUCCUUGCUGGAUGGUGCAAUGCUCAAAAUGUAAAGAAGGAUAUUUGGGGACACCGACGUCGGGUCAUCAGUGUUACAAACAAAUGCCUGUGGAUGCGAAGAUGUGCUUUGAUGCUAAAGGCAUUGACGAGUGCAAAGUAACCCCUAAGGCGCUUCUCCCCGGCGAGAUAGUAUUUUUCGUAAUCCAGCCCCGAUUCAUGAACGUAGACAUACGCAUAAUGAUCGACGUAACUCAAGGCAACUUGAAUGUAUAUAUGAGUACUCACGACGACACAUACGUAGCGUACCCUAACGCCACUACCGGCGUAAAUACUAUUGAUCUCGAUGCUCAAUACGGUCGUUGGGACAACGGUACCCAGAAGACCAAAGACUCAUUUUUAGAACGCGAAGCUUUGGGACUGCGUACUUACAUCACAAUAACGCAACCCAAUACAAUUCUUUCAGUAAAAAAUCUCAGAGAUAGAUUAGUCAUUACGUUACCUGAGGAGUAUCACAGCUUGGAGUCCACAAGGUUUUUCCUUGUACUUCAAGCCUUAGAUCCGGGAGACUCGGCGAAAAAGAGCGCGUUCGGAAUCGUGUUCUCACGACAAGAUCAACUACACAUUGACUUGUUCGUGUUUUUCUCCGUGUUCUUCUCUUGUUUCUUUUUGUUCCUUGCGGCUUGCGUCGUGGCGUGGAAGGCCAAGCAAGCCGCCGAUGUGAGGAGAGCUCGUCGAAGGCACGUUGUUGAAAUGUUGCACAUGGCGAAGAGACCUUUUGCGAGUGUUACCUUAAAUUUAAGUACCAGAUCUAAACCUAAGAAGUCUGCGCAUUGUGAUUUAAGGCCUGUUGCGGUCGAACCUACAGAUGAUGGGUUAGCGGCCGUUGCAACAGUCUUUGUGAGUUUACCAGGAGGUCAGAGUCCUUGCGUUAAACUUGCUUUAGCGUCAUCACUGAUCCUUCUCGUCCGACAGUUUCCUACAGGAGGAAGAACUUUCCUGAGGAGGCGAUCUGCACAUGCAGCGCCACCUACUUAAGUAUUGACUCUCUUGAAUAUAUGUACCUAUAUGUUUUAUAUGUUGCAUAGAUGAAUGUUUAUUUAUAAAAAUAAAUAUUUUUUAAAUGUU